AUGCAGACCCUAGAGCCGAGCAGCUCCGGAGUGCAGCAGCAGCCUUACCGGGGCCGAGUCCGGAGCGGCUGCCUCACCUGCCGGUCGAGAAAGGUCAAAUGUGACGAGCUCCGGCCCGUUUGUCACAACUGCACGAGGCUGAAGCGGCGCUGCGUCUAUAAGCCGAGGAAGAAUCAGCAGGCCAGUGGUGCGGCACCUCAGACCCCGGAGCAGCUCACGCCGGACCGAUCUGCCGAUGUUGCUGCUACUACGCCGGGGUUGGGACAGACUACAGAGGUGGAACUGGCCUCGCAGCAGUAUCCGAGUCCGUUGUCCGAAGGAAGAGAAAUUGGCUUUUACCAGGGGACCCCGCUUGAUGGCGAGCUCAACAUUGCUGAUGAUACGGCAACGAACCCGUUUCAAUCGCCUGAUAGCUCCAUCGUGGAUAUUACUGCCCGCCUGGAGAAGGCGCUGCGGCAAGACGCAAUCUCCGGCACCGCAGAUAAUGCCGGAUUCGAGCCUGCUUCGCCAACAACAUUGAUAUCCCGUGAUAUAGAGCUCACAACCACCAUCGAUGUUUUGGCUAUUCGCGAGGUGCCCCUGCAGUCGUCGGUGUCAUUCUUUGUUGAGAGCGUCGACUGCCCCGCAAUUGCUCCCUUUGAUGCCGUCAAUUGGCGGCGCAUGAAGGUUCAAGUUGCCCAAGUUGGCAUGAGCAACGAGGCCGUGGCCGAGGCGAUUGUGGCUCUUGCUACGCUUUACAAGGGGCAGAUGUAUGGCUUGCCGCUGUCCAAGGCUAUGUAUCUCUAUCAGUCUGCCAGGUCGAGAUACGAAGAGCUCUUGGCCGAUGGUAAUCAAGAUUUUGACCUUGCCUUGAUCGCAGCGUUUCUUUUGUCUCUAUUCGACAUUGUACAGUAUUACGAAACGGUUCCCCUUCUUAGAGAGCCAAGCGAGAUGUUUCUCACCAGGCUAAGGGCGUGGGCGCAAGACCAACUCCCAUCAAGCCCGCUUACGAUCAGAAUUGUGGCUUGGCUGAGGUUACUUCAUACAACGACAAUUCGCGGCGGAGGUACGGGCUUUGUCUCGGAUGAUGUUUAUGAACUUUUCUCCAGUUGCGGCGAGAGCAUGCCCAACAUUGCUGCGCCGUUGAACGACCCCCCAGACACGUCGACACACAUAUAUGAGAUGCUCACCACCCCGAUAUUCGACUUUUACUUCCAGCUUCAGAUGAUAUCUGGUGAGAUUGCUCAAAUGACCCAUUACCACCGCUCACGCACCACUGGCGUGGACCAAAAAGAUGUCGUCGAACAAAUGGCAGACGUCGGUGCUCGACUGCACACCCUCUGGGAUAAUCGCUGUGCCACCCAGCGCCAAACCCCCGAGGACCUGCGUGCUCACCUUGCGCCAAAGAUUGCCGACCCCAUCAUUGCACUGGUUGGAAUGGCCAAUGCAGCGUACCAUGCGGAGUUUAUCGAAAUCGGUCGCGUCUUGGGAGAUCCCAUUUCCAAAUCUGCAGAAUCAAGACAAGCGAUGCACCAUCUACGCGAAAUCGUUGACGGGGAUUGGAAUGCUCAGGAGGGGGGUAUUUUGAAGACGGGCUAUCUCCGUCCAUUGUUUCUAUAUGCCAUUGAAAGCAUGGACCAAGAGGAGAAUCAGUGGGCUGUGGAGCGGCUGGAGAGGAUCAAGAAUCCCAUCUGCCGGAGCGACUUUUUCGCUGCGUUUGGCAGGGAGCUGUCAGAGGCACAGCUGAGAAAGGAGAGGAGGGUUACGACCAAGUUUUUCUGUAUAUGGUAUUUUGGGGUGCCGCCUCCGUUUUUGUGA